AUGAGGAGCAGCAAAUCAAAAGAGGUGCCUUUACCAAAUAUAAGAAACUCCCAAAGCAAGGAUUCUUCUGUUCAAGCAGAUACAACCACAUCGUGGGAUGCACUUUCUCAGACCAAGGCUGCUCUGAGACACAUUGAAAACAAAUUAGAAGUAACCCCUACAAGUACAGCUAUGUUUGAUUCUGUCAUGGAUACCAAGAAAUCUUCUGCAAGUGCUACCCGAAAAAUAAGUAGAAAAGAUGGUAGAUACCUGGAUGAUUCUUGGCUUAAUGCUCCAACCUCCAAAUCUUCUAAAUCACGGAAAGAGAAAUCUCGUAGUCCUCUCAGAGUUACCACCCUGGAAAGUAAUGUAAAGAAAAACAAUCGUGUGGAAUUCCGUGAACCUUUGGCUUCUUACAGGGAAGUUCAUGGCACACCUUCCAAUGUAAGUCCCAAUCCUUUAGAGUCAAAGCAUGUAUAUUGUGUGGAUAUUAAUGGAGAAAAGCCUGAAAAUGGGAAUCGGAUGGUAACCAGUCGAGAAGAACGGAAUACACAUUGUCGUGAUUUUGAGAGUUCUCAGUCAUCUGUCAUGAAUGAGACUGUUGUUAGGUUUUUAAAUGAUCGACCAGCGAUUGAUGCAUUGCACAAUUCUGAAAGUUUGGUUAAGAUGGCAGCUCCAAUGAGAACUGAGGAAGAAAAGCCUAAUAGAACAAAGGGAAAUGAGAACAAUUUGAAGACUUCUGGCAAUAACAUAGGCCAUGAUAUUGAUCCGAAAGUGUUACGGCUAGCUGACUCUUCUCCCUCUUCUACGAGUACUUCUAAUUCCCAAAGAUUAGAUAUCUUAAAGCGGCGACAACAUGAUGUCAAACUGGAGAAACUCAAGGAGCGGAUUAGGAAACAGUGGGAACACUCAGAAGAAAUAAAUGGCCGGGGCCAGAAUCAGGGUCAUAUUGACCACCCAGUAAUGGUUGUUGAUAUUGAUAGCUCAGUGACAGCAAAAGUCAGGAAAGUGGCAACAGCACCACCUGCUCCAGCAUAUAAAGGCUUCAAUCCGUCAGAGACCAAGAUUCGAACACCUGAUGGCAAAGUGUGGCAAGAGGCUGAGUUUCAAAACAUGAGUAGAGAACUGUAUCGAGACUUAGCACUUCACUUUGCAGAAGACACCUCUAUGAAAGAGAAACCUGCUGAAAAAAGUAAAGAGAAAAAAGUGGUCAAGCCAGUACGAAAAGUCCAAAAGGUAGCACAAUUUUCAAGUCCAGAAAGCAAAACAGGUAGCAGUCAUCUGAUAAGUACAUCUUCUUGGCGAGAUGGACAGAAAUUAGUAAAGAAGAUUCUGGGACCUGCACCCAAAAUGGAGCAAAAAGAGCGAAGAACAGUAUCAAGUGACAGAAGUGGAAGAGAAAGAACUACUAAAUCUGGAAGUCAUAUUGGAAGAGCAGAAUCUGAUCCCAGGUUGAAUAUUUCACAUAGACAUCUUCCACGAAACUCAGAACGUUCAAGAAGUAGAGCUCGGUCUGAAAAUAAUAUAAAGAAAUUAGCUCCAUCUCUUCCAGAUAAUAAACAGGAGGAAAAUACUGCCUUAAAUAAAGACUUUUUACCUAUUGAAAUUCGUGGAAUUCUUGAUGACCUACAGCUGGAUUCUGCAGUUCAGGCAGCAAGGCAAGAGGGAGAGUUACAAAAUCAGAAGUCAUCAGCACCAAUACAAGCUUGGAGGAGUCAUAGCUCAAUAAAAAGAAAACCUGACAAAAUAACAACUAAUGAAGAGCCCCCUGUUAUUUCUAAAAAGCGCCACUAUGACUCAGAUGAGGUACGACAGUACAUUGUUAGACAGCAGGAGGAAAGGAAGAGGAAGCAAAAUGAAGAGAAGAAGGCUCAAAAGGAGGCCACUGAGCAGAAGAACAAACGAUUACAGGAGCUCUACCGGAAGCAGAAAGAAGCCUUUACUAAAGUAAAAAAUGUACCACCUCCUGAGCCAUCAGCAACUAGGCGUCUACAGGAAACUUACUCCAAAUUGCUACUAGAAAAGACCUUGCUUGAAGAGCCGUCUCAUCAGCAUACUAUGCAGGAAACACAGACCAGACCAGGGUAUCAGCCAUCUGGAGAAUCUGACAAAGAAAACAAAGUGCAGGAUCGUCCCCCAAGUGCAUCUUCCAGCAGUGACAUGUCCCUGUCAGAACCACCACAGCCUCUUGCAAGAAGGGACUUGACAGAACCUACAUGGGUGCAGCCUGAUAGAUUGAGCCCACGUGUCCAUCAUUCUCAACCACAGCCUCUUGUUGGAGCAGCUGGAAAUUUACUCUCCCAUCUCUUGAGUCUAGAGCAUGCAGGAUUUUUGCAUAAGAAUUUGGAAUCUAUUUUACCAACCAGGAAGAACCAUAAUAUUGCUUCAGGGCCAUUAACUUUCACACCUCAACCAUAUCUGACCUCAUCAGCUGCUCAUCAAGAUGCCUUGUUAAAACCUAGUGCCAGCCAAUAUAAGAGUAAACUUGAUCGUAUUGAAGCCCUGAAAGCAACAGCUGCUUCUUUGUCCAGCAGGAUUGAAAAUGAAGCCAAGAAAUUAGCUGGGGCUAACAUUAAUUAUGGGUCAGUGUGGAACACUGAGUAUGAUGUGCAACAAACACCCCAAGAAGAGGGACCUUGGACAAAGGUUAUAAGUCCACCUGUGAAAGAGGAUACUGAAGAUGUUUUCACUGCCAGAAUUCAAAAGAUGCUAGGAACCUGUGUAUCUCAUGCAACUUUUGAUGAUGAGCUUCCUGGUGUAGGCAACCUUAGUGAAUUUAAAAAGCUUCCUGAGAUGAUAAGACCUCAUAGUGCCAUAUCAAGCUUCAGAAUUAGAUCCCCUGGUCCCAAACCAGAAGGGCUGCUGGCACAGUUGUGUAAGAAGCAGAGUGACUCUUCUAGCUCCGAUCUGCAGCCUUGUUCUCAACACAAAGCCAAAAAGUCUCUUGGUUCCAGCACAGACUCAGUCAGUGAAGGGCCUCUUCUUAGUGAGGGGAGUCUCUCUGAAGAAGAGGGAGGCCGGGAUGGACGGCCCUCUUUGAAGAUAGCAGAAAUCUUAAAGGAAAAGGAAUUUUGUGCUGGAGAAAGAAAUGCUUAUGAACCCAUCAAACAGUUUCAGAAGGAAGCUGAAAAAUUCUUACCACUUUUGGGUCACAUAGGUGGUACACAAAGCAAAGAACCAUGGGAAGAAUUGGCAAAGGGAAGUCCACGUAGUGUCAUUAAUAUUUUCACAAAAUCAUAUCAGUCAUAUGGAAAAGGGUUUGAAGACAGGUUCGAAAGAGGAGCAUCAACAUCACAGCCCUUGAAUGCCAGCACAACUCCUCUAAGCAGUGUUUCAUAUGAGGAUGAUUUUGUCUCCUCUCCAGGAAAUGGGACUUUGACAGAAAAAAACCCAGCUCUUGAACCUAAUAUUGGUGGUAGCAUUUUGGGUACUAAAGAGGACCAUUCUAGCAGGAAGUCAGCCUAUGAUCUUUCCUCUGUGGAUGUUACUUCCCAGCAUUCAUCAGGGACCCAGUCUGCUGCAUCUUCUUGUUCAUCUACUUCUUCUAAAGGAAGAAAAGGAAAAAAGGAAAAAACAGAAUGGCUGGAUUCACUCACUGGAAAUGUUCAGAGCUCACUUCUUGAGGAAAAAGUACACUCUGGCUCAGAACGUGACUCUCAUCAAGAGAAGAAAUCUGAGACCAGUAGCAAACUCUCUGUCAAGGAUUAUGAGCAGACUCUUGAUACAGAUAGCACUUUGGAGGAUCUUUCUGGGCAUUCUGUGAGUAUCUCCUCAGACAAGGGAAGGUCUCAGAAAACUCCAACUUCUCCCCUAUCUCCAAGUUCCCAGAAACUGUUGCAGUUUGACGUUCCAGGAACUUCAUUAGAAAAAUCUAAGUCCUCAGUUAUAAUGCCUCCAACUAUAGCAGGAUUCAAGGCUAGUGCAGCUUUUCCUGAUAUGAACAUGGCUGCCAGCAGAGCAACUACAGAAAUGAUGACUUCAACACCAGGUUCUAAACGUUUUUCUCCUGCUGGCCUCCAGCAUCGAAUGGCAGCUGAACUGAGCUACUUGAGUGCCAUUGAGGAGUCAGUGCGCCAACUGUCAGAUGUAGAAAGAGUUAGAGGCAUUUCACUCGCUCAGCAAGAAAGUGUGUCUUUGGCUCAGAUCAUAAAGGCACAGCAGCAACGCCAUGAAAGAGACUUGGCCCUUUUGAAAUUAAAGGCUGAACAAGAGGCUCUGGAGUGUCAGAGACAGUUAGAAGAAACCCGAAACAAAGCAGCUCAGGUCCAUGCGGAGUCAUUACAGCAGGUGGUUAAAUCACAACGGGAUGUAACUGAAGUCCUACAGGAAGCAACUUGUAAAAUAGCUGCUCAGCAAACAGAGACUGCUCGCCUCACCACAGAUGCAGCACGCCAAAUCUGUGAGAUGGCAGAGUUGACUCGAACUCAUAUAUCAGAUGCCAUUACUGCUUCAGGAGCUCCCCUAGCAACGCUGUAUGACCACCAGCGGAUACAUGCUCCAGACUUCGUGAAGCAACUGAGGACCAGAGCUGAAACAGAUAGGAAAAGUCAAUCUGUUUCACUCUCUAACAAUAAUGAAGGAACCCCUGACUCAAAGCAUCAGAAGUAUUCUUCAUAUGAUAGUUAUUCUGAGUCUUCAAGAUACAAGAAUCACGAUAGAAGAAGUAGUAGUGGUAGCAGCCGUCAAGAAAGUCCUUCAGUUCCAUCUUUGAAGGAAAAUGAGAAGAAACUUCAUGGUGGAAAGACGGAGAGUUCUAUUGAUGAACAGGUUCAGACUGCUGCGGAUGAUUCUCUACGAAGUUACAGUGUACCAUCUCUUCCUGAUGAGAAAGAUUCAGCUUCUAUUGUAACAGAAUAUUCCCUGAAAUUCGAUGAAUCCAUGACAGAAGAUGAAAUAGAAGAAAAGUCAUUUCGAUCUUUACUGCCUUCUGAGAGUCAUCGCAGAUUUAAUAUGGAAAAGAGAAGAAGCCAUCAUGAUGACUCUGAUGAAGAAACUUCCCCAGAAAAGACUACACUGUCUUCUGCCAAGGAGCUGAGCAUGCCAUUCUCAGGAGGACAAGAUAGCUUUUCUAAGUUUACUAUGGAGAUGGUUCGACAGUAUAUGAAAGAAGAGGAAAUGAGAGCAGCUCACCAGUCUUCACUUCUGCGUCUCCGUGAAAAAGCCUUGAAGGAGAAAACUAAGGCUGAGUUAGCUUGGCUAGAGCAUCAGAAAAAACAUCUCCGAGACAAAGGAGAAGAUGAUAAAAUGCCCCCACUUCGUAAGAAACAGCGUGGCUUGCUCUUAAAGUUGCAGCAAGAAAAGGCAGAAAUUAAACGUCUUCAAGAAGCCAAUAAGGCAGCUCGGAAGGAAAGACAACUGAUUCUUAAACAGCAGGAAGAGAUAGAAAGGAUCCGACAGACAACCAUAAAACUGCAGGAGAAGUUAAAGUCUGCAGGGGAAAAUAAAUUGGACUCUCAUAGUGAUGAUGACACAAAGGAUAAUAAGGCAAUUAGUCCUGGUCCAACUGACGUGGAGACCCGAAGUCCUUCCCCCAUUUCCAUCUCCAGCAGUGAAACUAGCAGCAUUAUGCAGAAACUGAAGAAAAUGAGAAGCCACAUGGAUGAAAAGUUUCUGACAAAGCGGGAGCAAAAACUAAUGCAACGGCGACAACACGCAGAAGAACUGCUAGAAUGGAAGCGACGUUUAGAUGCAGAGGAAGCAGAAAUUCGUCAGAUGGAAAAACAAGCUUUGGCUGCCUGGGACAAAGAAUUAAUAAAACCUAAAACUCCUAAGAAAGAAUUGGAGGACCAGAGAACAGAACAGAAAGAACUAGCAAGUGAGACGGAAUCACCAGUACUUUCCUACUCUCAUCUGCACAGUGAAAGCUCUAUUCCAGAAGAAUUGGGCAGCCCUGCUGUUGAAUAUAGACAUUCGGAAUCCAUAGUUCAAGAGCAGCCUGGUAGUCCAGAUCACAGUAUACUUACUGAAGACAUGGUUUUUUCACAAGAACUGGAAUCUUCUACUUCUCCUAGCAAACAUUCACCUCCCAAAAGCUGCACGUCUGUGUCAAAGCAGGAGUCCAGCAAAGGAAGUCAAAGGAUUGGCGGGCAACGGUAUCCACCUGUCAGAUCCCAUCAACCCAGUUACAGUUGGUCAGAUGAGUCAUUAUCUAUGACACAGUCAGAAACUACAUCUGACCAGAGUGACAUUGAAGGUAGGAUCAGAGCUCUAAAGGAUGAGCUAAGGAAAAGAAAAUCCGUUGUGGACCAGUUGAAGAAGGAACAGAAAAAAAGGCAGAAGGAAAGACUGAAAGCGCAGGAAGCCAGCCUGAUCAAACAGUUAGAGUCAUAUGAUGAAUUCAUUAAGAAAACUGAAGCCGAGCUUAACCGAGAUUUGGAAACAUCACCAACCGCCAAGCCUCAGAUUAAAACACUCUCCUCAGCUUCUGAAAAACCCAAGAUCAAGCCUCUUCCACUACACAGAUCUGAAACAGCAAAGAAUUGGAAAUCACUAACGGACUCAGAACGUUCCAGAGGAUCCCUAGAGUCUAUUGCUGAACAUGUUGAUGCUGCAUUGGCAGGUUCUGAGAGAUCAGUAUCAGAAAGAUCUUUAUCUGCUUAUUCAAGGAGAAUGAUUGAAUUGGACAGUCGAAUAGAAGAGCAUUUUCAGACUUCGUCACCAAUUCUUAGAUCAUCAAGGAAAAUCAGAGCAGAAUCUGGAGAUUCUCUAGAAAAUAUACCUUCAUUACCUCCUCCCAAAGAAUUAAAUGCCCCUAAUAGAAUUUUGGAUGUGUCAGGUGCCACAGUUGAAGAAGCAGCUAAUCAAAAAUCAGAAAUACAAGAAGUAAAAUACACAGAGUUAGAGGAGAGUACGGUUGAAGAAGUCUAUUUUAAACAAUCUGGGAAGUCUGAUGUCUUACUGAAACUAGACCUUGAACAAGGAGAUUCAUCUGGAAUUCUUUCAAGGAAAAAUCUUCCUUUAGAUGCUAUAAAUGUUCAGAAAGACUUAGUUAGCUUAGCCAUUGAAGACCUUGACAAAAAAGAAUUGAAAGAGAGACAAUCAGAUCAAGAUAUGGAUCAUAGUCAAAACAUCCCGUCAGAAAGAGGCAUUCAUCAACAAAAGAACAUAAAGGAAAGAGACUUGUCUUUGUCAGAACAUCUUCUUGCUCCUAAAGAAAUAUCAUACUCUGAAGACUUUGAAGUGUCGUCUUUCAAGAAAGACAUGUCAGCUGAAUUGUGUAAAGGUAACUUUGAGGUAUCAUCAUUGUUGUCACGCAGGAAAGACUCUCAGUCUUGCAAAGAUAGGUCACAGUCAACAGGAAGCUCUAAAAGUGAAGCCAACAGCUUUAGUUCUGAUGGUGAAAUCAGUGAGCGCCUCAGUGAGAAAAGCCUUUCUAUUCAUAGCAACAUCCACUCUGAAAGGCUGUUAGAACUCAAGUCUCCUACUGAGCUCAUGAAAAGUAAGGAGCGCAGUGAUGUGGAGCAUGAACAGGGGGUUACUGAAUGCUCUUCUUUGACCUCAGUUCCUGUUGCAGAUGAGUUACUUGAUUUCCACAUUGGUGAUAGGGUAUUGAUUGGCAAUGUUCAGCCAGGAACUCUUCGAUUCAAAGGUGUGACUAGUUUUGCUAAAGGAUUUUGGGCUGGAGUAGAGUUGGAUAAACCUGAAGGAAAUAAUAAUGGGACAUAUGAUGACAUUGUGUACUUUGUGUGCAAAGAGAAGCAUGGUAUUUUUGCUCCUCCACAAAAAAUAUCUCACCUUCCAGAAAACUUUGAAGACUAUGUAGACACAAAUGAAGAUGAAGACUGUUACUCAGAUGAACAAUAUCACUACAAUAAUCAAGAACAAAAAGAUACAGAGGGUUCCACAUUUGAUAGAGAAAAGGUUGCCGUUGAAUAUUUGUAUGAGAAAUCUUUACCUGGUGUGCACGAUAUUGAAGCAUCAGUUGAUAGAAGCCUUAAAAUAGAAACGGACCAUUCACAGGACAUUUCUGAGGUCCUUGAAGCCCAUGCUCACCAGCAAUCUCCAGUGAAUUCACUGAUUUCUUCAAAGGACAACAAAGACCUUGUUUCUGGUGCCACAGAAGAUGUUUCCAUUGCUAUAGAAGAUGAUACUUUAGACAAUACCUUUUCUGAAGAAUUAAAGAAGCAAGAGCAGAUUACAGAAAAGGUCGAGAACCUGUAUUCCGAGUUUUCAGAAAAACCUUCUACCCCACUUUUGGAUCUUUUAACAAGAGAAAAGAACCAGUUAGAAGCCCAGCUGAGGUCAUCAGUAAGUGAAGAAAAAAAGUCAAAGCAACAACUAGAAACAGUCAGCUUACUAACAGACAGUUUAUUAAAAGUCUUUGUGACAGACACAGUCAGUCAACUACAACAAAUUAAAAAAGCUAGGAAUGAGAAAAUCCAGCUUAGCAAUCAGGAGUUUCUUGAUGAUCAAAAGAAAGUACCACCCCAAGGCCUAUCUCCAAAUCUUGAAGAACAAUCACCAAGUGUUCCAGGUGACUUCUUAAGGUCUGAAUUGGAUGAUGAAAAAGAAGAGAUUUCUUCUCCAGAUAUGUGUCCCAGACCUGAGAGUCCAGUAUUUGGUGCUAGUGGGCAGGAAGAGCUUGCUAAAAGACUUGCUGAACUUGAGAUCAGCCGUGAGUUCCUGAGCGUGUUAGGAGAUGAUCAAGACUGGUUUGAUGAAGAUUUUGGUUUGAGCUCUUCUCACAAGAUCCAAAAAAACAAGGCAGAAGAAGCAAUUGUACCUCUAAUAGCAGAAGCUAAAAGACCUCCCCAAAAGCCAUGUGAAACACUCUUGGCAGUCCCACAUACUGCAGAGGAAGUAGAAGUUCUUGUGCACAGCGCCGCAGAAGAACUUUGGAAAUGGAAAGAAUUAGGUCAUGAUCUUCAUAGCAUCAGUAUUCCUGCAAAGCUGCUUGGCUGUGCCAGUAAGGGUCUCGAUAUAGAAAGCACUAGUAAAAGGGUCUAUAAACAGGCGGUUUUUGAUUUAACAAAAGAGAUUUUUGAGGAAAUAUUUGCUGAGGAUCCCAACUUGAAUCAACCUGUCUGGAUGAAGCCAUGCAGAGUCAACUCUAAUUAUUUCCGACGAGUGAAAAAUCCAAAUAACCUUGGUGAAAUUAAGAACUUUAUAGCAACUGAAGUACUCAAGUUGUUCAGUCUUAAAAAGGAGCCAAACCACAAAACAGAUUGGCAGAAAAUGAUGAAAUUUGGAAGAAAGAAAAGAGACCGAGUGGAUCAUAUCCUGGUGCAGGAGCUCCAUGAAGAGGAGGCACAGUGGGUGAACUAUGAUGAGGAUGAGUUGUGUGUGAAGAUGCAACUAGCGGAUGGGAUCUUUGAGACCUUGAUCAGAGAUACUAUUGAUGUUCUGAAUCAAAUAAGUGAGAAACAGGGGAGAGUGCUACUUGUGUGA